AUGUCAGCAACUUUUGACCGUCAGAUUCGUCCAAUUUACGAUGCGAUUGACAGCGGUUCUAAUAAGUCUGCUAUCGUGGCAUGUAACAAGUUGCUCAAGAAGCAGCCGAAAAAUGACCUGGUCAAGGCCUUGAAAGCCCUGGCUCUUGUGAGAUCUCAAAAGGUCGAAGAGUCGUUGUACCUAUGCGACGAAGUCCUUGCGUCAAAGCCGGCGGACGAGGCGACGUUGUCCGCCCUUUCCCAUGUGCUCCGAGGACUUGGGCGGCACUUGGAUAUCAUAACAAUGUACGACGCUGCUUGGAAGCAGCAACCCGGCAACGAGGACCUUGGUGCGCAGACAUUCGCCGCGAACGCUAGAACAGGCAACUGGAAGUCUGCUCAACAGGCGUGUGACGUCGCUACGAAGAUGCAUAAACUGUUCAAGGAGGAGCGCUACUUGUAUUGGAGCAUCUUUUGUUCUGUGCUGCAGGCCAACGAUCAGACGACACAGCCAGAUCUUCGCCCCGUACUCUACAAACUUGCUCACCGUCUGAUUUCCUCUGCGCAAACACCAUCCUUCUACAGCGCCGACCGCUUUUAUGUCCAUCUCACUAUCCUGAAGGAACUCGAGCUCUGGGACGACGUAGCUACGCUGCUGUCCAGCGAAAUCGGUCAGACCAUUUGUAACACCAACCUCACGAUCGACGAGCUCAGACGUGAUAUCUGGAGAGCAAAAGGAAGCAUGAAGGAAGAGGGUGGGCGCGCACAACAGCGCAUCCAGGAGAAGGAUGACCGUAACUGGCUUGAAUUCCUGUCCGUACUGGACGCUACGUUCUGGGAUGUCACGUCUGUGUCAGAGCCAAGCGAUGAGAGCAAGGAUGCGUGUCGUCACUAUAUCAGCAAGACAAAAGAGUUCCUUGCCCAGAUUGCCGACAAGGACGGCACGCACGAUCGUUCCGGCCCACUGGCACUUCUUGAGCUUGAGAAGCGGUGUGUGGCUCACGGUCUUGCGACAGAUCCUGAUGCUAUCUAUACGCUCGCUGAAUCAUAUUUCGAACGAUUUGGGGAUAAAGCAUGCUGCUUCGAGGAUCUUGUCCCCUAUAUUCAGUUCUUUGGUCACCAUACUACUCAGUGGACUGGCCUGCUUGAGAAGCAGAUAGCAAAUGAAACUCCAGAAAGCCUCUGUCGCACGAUCAAUGCCCUGAAGCUCCUCCGCUAUAAUCUCACUCAAGAGCAGCUGACACCAGAACUUGAGAUUACCCGCGCAACUCAAUAUGUCCAGUACUAUCUGCAAAGCCUCAUUCACGGCAAGAAUUUGCCAGACACGGAACUGCAACCUGCCGACGACUUGGCUGUGCUAGCCGGACACGCAUACACCGACUUGUGGAAGCUUACUGGCGACUUAGUGUAUCUCCGCAGGGCUAUAGCUAUCCUCGAGUUUGCAUCUAGCAAGAGCAAGCAGAGCUAUGUCAUCCGUAUCAUGCUCAUCAGAAUCUACCACCUGCUUGGUGCACCGUCACUCGCUCUAGAGCACUACCGCCUGCUCAACAUCAAGCAGGUCCAGACCGACACACUAUCGUACCUCAUCUUGUCCAGGGCGUCAACCUUCGCCCUGUCGAGCUGGGGUGACCUUACAUAUUCCUCCGAGUGCAUGGAGGCCAGUCAGAUCUACCUGAGCAACUCGACAGAUACCGCCGAGUUCGUCGUUCGAGCUUUCUUUGCGGAGAAGUACUCGCAGAUCCCCGACUUCAUCGUCCUGGAGGACAGGUUAGACAACUCUCUUCAGCGUGACCUGAUGAAGAUGGAGCACGUUCGUAUGCGCCUCGCACACGAAGCGAUUACUUCGGACUUGGUCGACAUGGAACUCAUUGAGCUCAAGUUCAUCUUCGAUCGUCUGCACCACGACAAUAGGGACUUUACCGUCAUUCCUAACCACCAGCCCCGAAAUGCCCCUUCCUUCCAGGAGCAGACGACGUUGUUCGACAAAGUUCCAGGACCUGGAUGGCUAUCGUCCUUCCUCAGAUUUUACAUCAGGGCUUUCCAGCAAGCCAGCGACCUGGACGACUCGGUUGAGGACAAGCUGCUCAUUGGCGACCGGCCAAAAUCUCAUGUCGAGUCCAUGAGUAGCAUGACCCUUGACGACAGGUUAGCGCAACGACCAGAGCUGGAUCUGGAGGAGCUGACUCAGGACGAGCGUAAGCUUCUCGACUUCGCUACUGCUCUUUCCGAGUGGCUCGGACCCCACCACGACUAUAUCCGUCCUCCACCUUCAGUUGUUCUCGCGGAGGCUGCUCGCCAAACAGAGCUCAAGCUCGGGCAUCAGCCAAAGGGUCUGACAUUACCUGAGAAUGGUAGUAACGGGGACGCGAAGAAGGACUACGAGCCUCCGGUUGUCCAGGACCCGCCAGAGAUUGCUUUGAAUUUCUUUGACGACAUGAAGGCCCGAUUCACUACUGCUCUCGACGGCUCAGUGCUGCCACCAGAACUGCUGCACAUUGUGACCCUGACUCAAGAGGCUCUUCUCAUCUUCGCUGUUGAGACCAUACGCUUCAAGCCCGCAGCUAUCGUCAAGACUCAUAAACUAGGACCUCUGGUUCAGAGCUUUAAGGAAAUCCGCGCCAAAGCUGCUCAGACGUUGGAACUGAUGUCAACAGAGCUCGAAAAAUUGGCCAAAGCAGAGAAGGACACGGAUCGGCGGCCAGAAUUCGUCGAGCAAUGGAGUGCUUUCGAGACCUCCGAGCUCACUGCGGAAUUCCUCGCGGGUGUCGCCAAAAAGUUUACGGAUGCCCGCUACCAAAUCCUGGAGGGUGUCUCGAAGGGUGCGGCUAAAGUAUCAAAGACUCACACUGCUUCGUAGAGUAAUUUAUUACUGCAACUUGCUCUCGCACACGCAUUCGCUAUCUAGCUAUCCAAUAGAACACCACCACUUAUGUUAUAUGCAUGC